AGCAGUAGAAAGAUGAGCUCCAGGCACCCACAGCUUCACCUCAUCCUGCUACUGCUUGCAUACUACUGCUCCACCCACACCGCUGCCAGUGGUGGCAAUGGAACCACAAUCCAGUGCCUCCCUGAUCAGGCUUCAUCUCUACUCCAGAUGAAGCGCUCCUUCUUCCACAACCCCAACCUCUCGUCAUGGCAGCAUGGCACAGACUGUUGCCACUGGGAGGGUGUUGGCUGCGACAGGGCCUCUGGUCAGGUGAUCACUUUGGACCUCAGUGAUCGUAACCUGCGGAGCACCAGUGGUCUCAGCCCAGCACUAUUCAACCUCACCUCCCUCACAAAUCUCAGCCUCUCUGGUAACGACUUUGGCCUGACCAGCCUUCCUAGUUUUGGGUUUGAGCGGCUGAUCGAGCUCGUCAGUCUCAAUUUGUCUGAUGCGUGUUUUGCUGGUCAGAUAGCCAUUGGAAUUUCCCACCUCAAGAAUUUGCGUUCGCUUGAUCUUUCCUAUAAUACUGAUUUGUAUCUUCAAGACCCAAGUUUCCAAACCCUCGUAGCAAACCUGAGCAAUCUGAGAGAGCUUUAUCUUGAUAGAGUGAGCAUCUUAAGUGGCGAAGCAAAUUGGUCCGUUGCUUUAGCAGACUCUGUUCCGCUACUACAGAAUAUUAGUUUGUCUACGUGUGAACUAAGUAGUCCGAUCCACCAUUCAUUCUCCCAACUCCGUUUUCUAACAACGAUCAACCUCGCAGAUAAUGAAAUUUCUGGUCAGGUUCCUGGGUUCUUUGCAAAAUUCUCUUUCUUACCGAAAAAGGGUUUCCCCCCGCUUUAUAAAUAAAGCACCAACACUUACAUCCAAGUAACCGAUACAAACGCACGCCACACAACCCAAGGCAAGAAACAAGAAUGCCGGGCACCGACACACAACUUCAACGACUACCACAAGAUGAGAGAUCAUCCGGGAAGAAGUGCAACGGACCACGCCGGACCGAGGGUUCCAAGACGAUGCCUCCAAGAAGGGCACGACCACGGACCGUCGCCAUCGUCCGAUCCAAAGAUCAGGUUUUCACCCGGAACACGACGGGAGGAGUGAGAGCACCACGACGGAGCCUACAGGGAGGAACACGACAUCCGCGGACGCCGCCACCGUCGACCCGUGUACGGACAGGUAAGUGAUGAACCCCGGUGCU